AAGGAAGCUUGGCUAUAUAUACAUAAUAACCACCUCAUCGUUUGGAUCAAACUCCAACAAACCCCUCCUCUCGAGGAUAUAUAUGUGUGUGUGUAUAUGUAUAUAUAGAUAUAUAUGAAAUCAGAUCUCAAUUUUCAAUUCCAAAUUCAAAUCAAUUAUUCAAUUUCAACUCCUUCUUUGGCGACACUGCUCUGUUCUUUCUUUCUUUCUUCCCCACCAAACUGAGACUGUUCCAUCCCUAGGAAUUCCCCUCUGUUAUCUCAUCCCAUUGUUGUUUUGGUUGGAUUGGGAGAGAUGGGUUGUUUGAGAUCGAUUCGGUUCUUGAUCAGAUGAUCUCAAUUUGUUGGGGGGAGAUGGGAUUGCUGGGUUUGGUCUUGGGGAAAGAUGCCAGAAGAUCUAUCAAGCGGAAAGACAGUGAUGCGGGCGAAACAGGUUUCUUUGGGAGAGCAUUGGAAGAACUCAGAGGGGCUCUGUAUAGUGAGCUCAGAACCUCAGAAGGAGCUAAGCGCCAACAACAACGUAUGUGCGGACCAAUUGUGGCCAUGACCUUCAAUUUCAUGGUGGCUGUCGGGAUAAUCCUAGGAAACAAAUUAGUAAUGGGGAGAGUUGGAUUCAAUUUCCCAAUCUCUCUCACUCUGAUCCACUAUGCCUCUGCUUGGAUCCUACUUGCCAUUUUGAAGGCCUUCUCAUUGCUUCCAGUCGCUCCCCCUACCAAAACCACUCCUUUCUCUUCCCUUUUCUCUUUGGGUGUUGUUAUGGCCUUUGCCUCUGGCCUUGCCAACACCAGUCUCAAGCAUAACAGUGUUGGGUUCUAUCAAAUGGCUAAAAUUUCUGUCACUCCAACCAUCGUUCUUGCAGAGUUCAUUCUCUUCCGGAAAACCAUUUCUCUAAAAAAGAUUGUGGCUCUGGCUGUAGUCUCAGUAGGAGUGGCAGUGGCAACUGUGACAGAUCUAGAAUUCAAUCUCUUUGGGGCUUGCAUUGCAGUGGCUUGGAUAAUUCCAAGCGCCAUAAACAAAAUCCUUUGGUCCAAUCUCCAGCAACAAGCCAAUUGGACUGCUCUAGCGCUGAUGUGGAAGACAACUCCAGUGACUAUCUUCUUCUUGUUAGCAUUGUUGCCAUGGUUGGACCCUCCGGGAGUCUCAUCCUUCAGGUGGAAUCUCCACAACUCUUCUGCUGUUUUGACAUCAGCAGCCCUCGGCUUUCUCUUGCAGUGGUCUGGAGCUUUAGCACUUGGUGCCACUUCUGCCACUUCCCAUGUGGUGCUGGGACAGUUCAAAACCUGUGUGAUCCUUCUGGGAGGGCACGUCCUCUUUGAUUCAGAUCCAGGGUUUGUGAGCAUUUGUGGUGCUGUCACAGCCCUUGUUGGAAUGUCAGUUUACACAUCCCUAAACUUGAGAAAGGAAUCUCAAGAGUCCAUUCCCAGCCACCUUCCAAGCCAGGCUUCAUUCUCUUUGAAACCCAAAACCACUGAAGACAAGCCACAACAGCCAGAGGUCAAUGCUGCCGCCGCCGCCGCCGCCGCCUCCGCCUCCGCCUCCAAUGCUGUUUGAAAUAAGGGUGGGUCCCCCAAUUUUGCUAACGUUGUAUCACCAACCAAUUAUAUUGUGACACAUACAUACAUGUGUUUUUGUUUAGAUUACUUAGACAUGAGAUAGAGUUAUUGUGAUAAAAUCAAGAAUAUAUGUUGAGAUUUGGUUUGCUCAAA